AUGAUUUCUAGUGUGUUGAAUAAAGUCUCAUCGCCUGUUCGUGCUCAAAUGCCAAAAAUGAAAUCUUUAGUUCGUACAGUUCAGCGUGCAAAAAAGUCCAAAGAUGAAGUUGUAAAUCCAAAAACAUUGAAAGAAUUAGUUAUACCAGAUAUAUACAAAACGGUCAAUGAUGAUGAGUUAUUUUUAUUACAUGACAGUGGUGGUGGUGCGGAUCGGUUUCUUAUAUAUGCUACUGAAAAAAAUUUGGAUUUAUUGGCUGAAUGUACUAUGUGGUUUUGUGAUGGAACCUUUAGUUCAGUUCCACUUAUUUUUAAACAGCUGUAUACUAUACACGGUUCAUAUGAUGGUAAAAUUUUGCCAUUUGUUUACAUACUUGCUCCUAAUAAAAGUCAAAAACUUUAUUUGCGAGUAUUGAAAGUAAUUAAACAUCACAAACCAAAUUUGAAUCCGCAACGCGCUAUGGUCGAUUUUGAGCGUGCAUUUAUAAAUGCUUUUAAGCAUCAAUUUGCUAGAUGUUAUAUUAUCGGAUGUCAUUUCCAUUUCUGUAAAUGUGUUUGGAGCCAUAUUCAAUCAACUGGAUUGCAGAACCAAUAUACUACAGAUUUGAAAUUUUGUAUCAAUUUGAAAAUGUUCAUGGCGCUGGCAUUCGUUCCCAUAGACGAUGUGAUUGAAGCAUAUGAAGAGCUUAUUAAAUCAUCAUUUUAUCAAGAAAACGCUACCAUAUUAACCGACUUUGUGAGUUACGUUGAGCGUACUUGGAUAGGUGAACUAUCUCGUUUAGGGAACAAGCGAACGAAACCUUUGUUUGAUUUAUUGUUAUGGAACUGCUAUCAAGCAGUACUUGACGAUAUUAUGCGUUCCAACAAUUGCGUCGAAGGAUGGCAUAACUCAUUCAAUAGAAAGGUUCGUGUAAUUCAUGCCAUUUUUAGUUCUUUCAUCAAUUUCAUUAAAAGUGAGCAAGUAAUCACGGAAACAACCAUAACUCAAAUGGACGCCGGAAUUAAUAAUGUUGCUAAAAAACGUAAAAUUUACGCUGACAAAGAUAAGCGCAUAAUGAAUGUUGUUUUGCAGUACGACCCAACAAAAGAAUUAAAAUAUUUGAAGAACAUCGCCUCAGCUAUGUUUGUGUAA